GCGAGGAGAGGCUGCGCUGCCGCUCCGCGCCCGGGCGCUUCAGGACAGGCGGGGAGGCGCCCCGGGAGCCGGCGGGAAGAGCCGCGUUCUGGUAGCAGAGGCGCGGGCCUCGCACGCGGGGUUGUGACCCGGGCGGCGUGGGAUUCGCGGUUCCGGGUGCCUUGUUUGAAACGUAAACCCCUCCAGGCCAUUCCAGGAACGCUGGUGAAAAUGGCUGAAAAUGGAGAUGGUGAAAACAUGUCUAUUUUGGAAAGCAAAAUCUGUCAGCAAAUUGAGUACUAUUUUGGCAAUCACAAUCUACCAAGAGACAAGUUCCUAAAGGAACAGAUCAAACUAGAUGAUGGCUGGGUGCCUUUAGAAGUAAUGAUCAAAUUUAACAGGUUAAGUCGGCUUUCAAAAGAUUUUAAUGUUAUUGUAGAAGCACUAAGAAAAUCCAAGACUGGUCUAAUGGAAAUAAAUGAAGACAAAACUAAAAUCAGAAGAUCUCCAAACAAACCCCUUCCUGAAUUAAAUGACCAGUAUAAGACUGCAAUUAAAAACAGAUCUGUGUAUGUUAAAGGCUUCCCACUAGAUGCAACUCUUGACGAUAUCAAAGAAUGGCUUGAGGAUAAAGGUCCAGUUGAAAACAUUCAAAUGAGGAGAACACUACAGAAAACUUUUAAGGGUUCAAUAUUUGCAGUUUUUGAUAGCGUUGAAUCUGCAAAGAAGUUCACAGAGAUCCCAAACCAGAAGUACAAAGAUACAGAGCUGAUUAUACUUUUCAAGGAGGAGUAUUGUACAAAGAAGAAUGAAGAAAGGAGACAAAAUAAAGUGGAAGCUAAAGCAAGAGCUAAACAGGAAAAAGAAGAAAAACAGAAACAAGCAGCAGAUGCUGAAAUGAAGUGUCUGGAAGAAAAGACAGGAUGUCUUUUGAAGUUUUCUGGUGAUCUAGAUGAUCAAACAUGCAGAGAAGAUCUCCAUGAGGUAUUUUCUGAUCACGGAGAAAUCAAAUGGAUACACUUCGUCAGAGGUGCAAAGGAGGGAAUUAUCCUAUUUAAGGAUAUUGCAAAAGAAGCUCUGGAAAAAGCAAAAGCAGCACAUAAUGGAAACUUACAGCUUCGGAACAAAGAUGUUAAAUGGGAGUUGCUAGAAGGAGAUGCAGAGAAGGAAGCUCUGAAAAAAAUACUGGAAGAUCAGCAAGAAUUACUGAAACAGAAAACAAAAGGACGCAAAAUUAAAGGAAAAGGAAGAGGGGGAAAGGUACCUCAAGGUGCAUACAAAGGGAAAGUACAGUUUCAGGGCAAGAAAAUAAAGUUUGAGAAUGAAGAAGAAGGUGGCGAAGGUGAUACUAAAACAGAACCGGCAAGCCCCAAGAAGAGACCACUAGAGGAAAUGGAAGAAGAACCUGCACCAAAACAAUUGAAAACAGAAAAUGGAGGUGGAGAUCAGUAAUACUAAAAAAAUAGUUUUUAUUGUUCCAUUUUCAAAGAUUUAAAGACAUGCCUCAGUUCAAGAGUUUCUUGGCAGAAAAUCUAAUGAAAUCCACUUCAAUGUCAACCUGUAAUGACAGGAAAGCUUCAUUUUGUUGGGUUACAGCAUUUUUUCUGUUUAAGAAGCAUGCUUACUGUUAACAUACCACCCUGGAAAACUCUUUUAUAUUUAUAGUUUUGUUUAUACUGUCAGAUCCUCUCAACUCCUCUGGCACCUCAUUCAAAUGUAAAAGGUUCUGGACUUUGUAAUCUUGCAGUUACAUUAAACAGCAGCUGCCAAUAAAUUGAGAACUUAAAACUGCUUACUACCGAAGCCUGGAUGUUAAUGUAGUGUGAAGCUGUAACUGAAGUACCCAAGCUGAAGCACAGGUUCCAUCACUUAAGUUCAAGUCAUGAAAAGAAUAGGUACAGUUGGCUAAAACUUCCAGUCUUAGCUACUCAGCAUACCUAAUAAUCUUCCAGUCUUCUGUCUAUUCCAGGAUCUUUGCUUCUUCACUUGUAACGGGAUACAUCUACUAGGCCAGCACCCACAAACUUGCCUGUGGGCUUAAGCUUCCAUAACGUAGCAUUUGGACUAGAUCUGUUUUAGGAUGAAGUGCACAGCUUCCUCCUGUCUCCUCUAAGAUGGCUCUGUGAGGGACUUCACUGGCUAUAGCUAUUUGCAGUAGAGCAUAGAAUACUGAAAUAACGCUGUAGCUGUAAAAUCCUACUUACUCUGGCCUUCAUUACUUAGUUCAGUGUACACUCCUGGUGCAGAUAGGAUCAAGCAAAUCACUAUUAAAAGCUGAGUCAAGGACGCUACUCUUAGCUUUUUAACAUCUAGUUGCAGAGCUGGCUUUAAUCUUUGUGUAUAUCCUUGACUUGGAUUACAGUGACUUCCCUGUUCAACUACAAAAUGUAGUAAAAGCAAUGGAACUUGAUGCCAUUCAUCAUUGUCAGUUUCUCCCAAGUGCUGUGAGUAUUCCUUGGCCAGUACAGACAGCCCUAAAACUUCAAAUUUUCUUGAGAAUUUAUUUACCUGCCUAGUGCAUUUUUCUCAGUUAUGU